AAUCAUAUCCAGCAUGUUUUGCACAAGAAAUGUCAGCCAGAAAGGGCUACCUUCUCCCUUCGCCAAAAUACACCACAAUAAUGUCAUGUUCGGACAGCCCGUCAGGAAACGCGUUUUUAGUAGAUUCUCUGAUCAGUGGCCGCAGCGAGGGCGGUGGAGGUCAUUACGCUGGGAGCGCGGUGUGCGUGCCCCACAGCACUGCUGCAGAAGUGCCUUAUGGACUACACAACUAUGGAUACUUCCCAGGUGUGGCUAAACGGAGCGAGGUGGGUCACCAAAACAUGGUUACCGCGUCGGGCGCGUAUAUGUCCAGCAUGGAAAUGUGGAUGGACGCGCAGAGGUCAUGUCGGAUGGAACAAGAGCACUCAGCGGGUCCCCAUGUCGCACCGUGCACGUUCCCGCAGAAUAUCAAGGAAGAGAGCACCUACUGCCUGUACGAGCAGCCCAAGUGCCCCAAAGCGUCCACGGCCGAAGACCUCACAUAUUCAAGAUUGACUUCCGCCUGCACAGCUCCGGAUGGCGGCGGGGGUUCAGUGCCUGUGCCGGGCUACUUCCGCUUGUCUCAGACGCACGCGCAUUCUCAUAAACUUUACAACACCAACGGACCCCAGUCGAACCCUUCUCAUUCCCAUUUUGGCUUGCACCCCACUGAUGUCGCUCGCUUCCACACCCCACCAACCCCAGCCUCUGCUCCAGCAGCCGCGGCGCCGGAGGGGAAGGACGCGGAGCAGGGAGAGCCAGUGUCCGCGGGAAACCUGCAGCCUCACGCCACGUCGGGCGCCGAAGAGGCGCGUGACUCCUCGGAUGGAGAAAUCUCCUCGGCGGAGGAAACAGAAGAAAAUGAGAAGGAGAGAGCAGAAAAGACGAAUAAAGGUAAUCCCAAUAACCCGGUGUCAAACUGGCUCCACGCGAGCGCCACGAGAAAAAAGCGCUGCCCCUACACCAAGCACCAGAUCCUGGAGCUGGAGAAGGAGUUCCUCUUCAACACCUACCUGACCCGGGACCGCAGGUACGAGGUGGCCAGGCUGCUGAACCUCACGGAGAGACAGGUUAAAAUCUGGUUCCAGAACCGCAGGAUGAAGAUGAAGAAGUUUAACAAAGACGGCGCACCGAAAGACGAGUAACGUGACGCGCCAAACUCUGCUGGACCUUCUUUAUAAACUCCGCCGUCUUAUUGUUCUAUGAAACA